AUGGAAGUGGAAGGCAAUCAGACAUUAGUUACUGAUUUUGUCUUGGUUGGGUUUACAACAGACCCAUUUCUACAGAUAAUCUUCUUUGUGGUGUUCUUGGCCUUCUACACCCUAACACUGACUGGGAACCUGGGCCUCAUAGCACUGAUCUACCUAGACUCCCGCUUGCACACACCCAUGUACUUCUUUGUGGGCAACCUUUCCUUUCUAGAUGUCUGGUACUCCUCAGUCUACACUCCACGGAUAUUGUCUGACUGUGUCUCCAAGAACAACCACAUGUCCCUUGCUGGUUGCGUAGCCCAGUUCUUCUUCUCUGCUGGAUUAACCUUCAGUGAAUGCUUCCUACUGGCUUUCAUGGCCUAUGACCGCUUUGUGGCCAUCUGCAACCCACUCCUUUACACCACUGCCAUGCCAAAGAAGCUCUGUGUCCAGCUGGUGCUAGGAGCUUAUGUAGCAGGCUUUGCUAAUUCCAUUGUACACACUGGAAACACCUUCCGUCUACGUUUCUGUGGUAGUAAUGUUAUCAACCACUACUUUUGCGAUGUGCUACCACUUGUGAAGAUGGCCUGUGAUGACACACGAGUGCAUGAAAUCAUCUUGAAAGCUACUAUUGGUUGUAAUUUGGUAGUAACCACAGCUGUCAUUGUGAGUUCCUACAUUGGGAUUGUGGCAGCUAUAGUUCGCAUCCAUUCAGCUGCAGGGAGACGCAAAGCCUUCUUCACUUGUUCGGCUCACCUGGUUUCAGUCACCCUCUUUUAUGGCUCCAUUCUCAUCAUGUACUCCAAGUCCGACUCUCAGCACACUCCCAGUUGGGACAAGGCAAAUGCAUUGUUCUAUACAGUAGUUAACCCUUUGGUCAACCCUUUGAUUUACAGCUUACGCAACAAAGAUGUGAAGGCAGCCUUCAAGAACAUCUGGGGGAGAUUUCUAGCACACAAAUAA